AUGACACCUUCAUCGAAAGCAGAAGCAAGCUCUUCAACAGCUGGAAACGCACAUUCAAGUGUCCUAUUCCCCUCUGAAGCUCUACCCGCGAAUGCCGUCCACAUAGCCGGACCUGAUCUCUCCAAACCGAUCGAUCUCAUGGCUCUAUUGCAGGGGUAUGAAACUAUCGGCUUCCAAGCGACCGGACUGGCCAAUGCUAUCACUUUGGUGGAAGAGAUGGUAAGGUUGAGAGAGAUCAUACGAUUUUUGGCACAACAUAAGUUGGUAGAUUGUUUGGUAACUACUGCCGGUGGUAUAGAAGAGGAUUUCAUCAAGUGUCUGGGACACACGGUAUUGGGAGAUUUCCAUUUAGAUGGUGCCGAGUUGAGAAAAAAAGGCUUGAAUAGAAUAGGGAAUCUUCUGGUUCCUAAUUCAAAUUACUGCGCUUUCGAAGAUUGGGUCGUACCUCUACUCGACACCAUGCUCAAGGAACAAGAAGAGGAAGGGGUCAGAUGGAGUCCUAGUAAAGUCAUCAACCGAUUAGGAAAGGAGAUCAACGACGAGUCAUCAGUAUAUUAUUGGUGCUGGAAGAACGACAUCCCGGUCUUUUGUCCAGCUCUCACCGACGGCUCAUUAGGUGACAUGAUUUACUUUCACACGUACAAAUCAUCACCUUUACAACUGAAUAUCGACAUUGUAUCUGAUAUCCGGAGGUUGAAUGAUUUGAGUAUACAUGCUAAACAAGCGGGAAUGAUCAUUUUGGGAGGAGGAGUGUGCAAGCAUCAAAUUGCCAAUGCCAUGCUGUUUAGAAAUGGGGCAGAUUACGCUGUUUAUGUCAAUACCGGACAAGAGUACGACGGCUCAGACUCUGGAGCAAGACCCGACGAAGCUGUGUCAUGGGGUAAGAUCCGAGCUGGAGCCAAGAGUGUCAAGGUGUACGCCGACGCGACUCUGGUGUUUCCUCUUAUCAUCGCUGCGACAUUCGGUAAAGCCCACUGGGCCCAAAAUGCCAGUGAAAGUCAGCGUAUACCAAACAACUAA